AUGCUUCCGCAGCAGAAUAUCGCGCCGAGUCCGCGCUGCGGAAAGCCGCCAGUUUCUCCGCCGGUUUCGCCUCCUCUUCCGUCGCCAAAGCCCGGCACCACGCACACAUCCGCGGAACCUUCCGCGCACAACGCCGCGCGGAGGUUCAGCUCUUGCCCCGUGCGGUCGGAGGCGCAACGUUUGCCGCAGUCCCCGGCGUCAAAUGCGUCGGCCUCCGCUCUCGCAGCUACUGCUAUUUCGUCGUUCCCGCUCGUCGGGAUGUGGGCCAAGCAGAUGAAACAACCCGCGGCGGGUGCGGCGGGCGGAAGCGGGAUUUCCGCUCCCGCGCCGGCCGGUGGUUCCGCGCGACGGGAAGACCGCGCGCGGAAUGAGUUAUUGCGCCCAUCCGCCAGCGGAGAUGCUCGAAGCGGUUCCCGCAGCGGGAGAAGCAUCGGCGCAACUUCCGGCCGAUGCAGCUCCCCGGACGGGGAUUUUCGUGCGAUUUCUGAGGAGAGGCUCGACGGAAAGCGUCAGGAUGCCGCGAAUGGCGCCGUGACUGACGGCGCGAGUGACGGCGCGUCCGACGGCGGUGAUUCCGACGACGAGUUCGUGGAUCUUUAUUGGACGGCGUUGGAGCACCGCAAGGCGGCAAACACGGCGGUUUCCACGGCGCUAAGUCGACUCGGGGUGGGCACAAAGGGGGUGAGAGGGGAAGCAAGCUCGGGAGGGGGAAGCGCGCGCCACGGCGGGCGCAGCAACGGUGCGGAAGGAUUUGGCGGAGGGGGGAAGGCGGAAGGAAUCGGCGGAAGGCAUAGGCGCAGCAGCAGUUUUGGCGACCUCGCGGAGGCGCAUCAUCCGCUGCAGGGGGGGGCGGGGGACGGAAGCGGGCGGUUCGCGCGGCGACAGGUGGGACAGGUGGGAUGUGGGAUGGGCGGUUCUGGUGGCGAUAUCGCAACGGGCUUGGGCAGGCUCGGAGAAAAAGAAACUGCCGCUGCGGCUGCCGCCGCUGCCGCUGCCGCUGCUGCUGCUGCAGAUUUUGCUUUUCCCAAAUACGGUGCGGCUAGUAACGGGGUUGCGCGUAGCGGGGAUGGGGACUCGCGUCCGGGGCACAGGCGGCGGCACAGCAUCACGUGCAUCGACACGGAGCUGAAGGAAUUCCUUGACUUGGUUGACUUGGACGAGGAGGAAGAUGCGGAGGAAGCUGCGGAGGAAGAUGCGAAGGAAGUUUCGGAGGAAGAUGCGGAGGAAGGGGAGAAGGGAGAAGCGGAGGGAGAAGCGGAGGGGGAAGCGGAGGGGGAAGCGGAGGGGGAAGCGGAGCAUGGGGGAGGAAUGCGCAGGAGCGGAAGGAAUCUUACGUGCAUCGACGCGGAGCUGAAGGAAUUCCUUGACUUGAUUGACUCGGACGAAGGGGACGAGGGGGAGGAUGGGGAGGAGGGGGAGGAGGGCGGAGGAUGUUUUCCGCGGAACGGGGAGGAGGGGAGGGCGGGGAGGGCGGGCGGAGAGGGCGGGAAGAAGGGGAAAGGCGGGGAAGGCGAGGAUAGAGGUGAAGGAGGGAAAGAAGCCAGGGUGAGCUUUGAGUUUGAUACGCCUGGGGCUGCCGCCUCUGCCCGUCGCAGUGCUGCUACUGCCGCCGCUACUGCCGCUGCUGCUGGCGCUGCUGCUGGCGCUGCUGCUGGUGCUGCUGCUGCCUCUGCUGCUUCGUCCGCGGGUGCUUCUCCCACUGCAUACAGCGCAAGAGCAGCAGCGGCAGAGGAACGCACAGGGAGGGGGAAAACCCCCUCUGGCUCCAAUUCCUCCUCCUCCUCCUCCUCCGUUUUCUCCACGCCUGUAGCCUUCGACGACCUCCCUCUCGGGUACUCCGCCUCUUCCCCCACUCCCCUCUCUCCGGCCUCACUGAUUUCCCCAUCCGCCAGCCCCUUAACGUCCCCCUCAGAACCUGUUGCUGCGGCGGCGUUUCCGCGGCACUCACCAGUAGCACUGGCGUCUGGUGUUGCCAGCACGCCUAAGGGCGGGGCCGUGGCUGCACGGGCAGCAGCGGCGGCGGGUGAGAGAAGGGGAGGGUGUGCUAGUGGUGAACCAAGCAGGGUUGGAGUGAGCCGCUCUGGUGGUGUUGCCUCGCUCUGGGCUGCUGCCUCGCACAACCCUGCCAUUGCUCAGUCGAGUCGUCGCCCUGCUCCUGCUACUGGUCCAGCGGCUGCUGUUGCGGCUACUGCCGACAGGGCUACUGCUAUGGGUCCAGCUCCUGCUGCUGUGGUUCCAGCUGCUGCUGCUGCUGCUGCUGCUGCUGCAGCUGCUGCUGACAGGGCUACUGCUCGACCUGCCAACUCGCUGCGUGUGAACGGCCGGCGCCUCAGCGCGGGCGACCUGAGUGCUCUGCUCGGCGGCAGCAGCUUCGAAACGAGCACUUUGGACAGCGCGCCUGGUUACGCCACUGGUUACCCCACCAAAGACACGGGUGUAACCAUGCCUGUGGGUGCGACCAGCAGCGGCGGCGGCAGCAGCAGCGAGCGGGCGAGGCAAAUGUGCCUGAGUGAGGCGCGGCGGAUCGCCGGCGUCUGCUACCCCUCGAUUGUUGCUGGCUCCCCUGCUCCCGUUCUCUCCGGUCCUGCCAGCCCUCCUCCUGGUCUUCGUGGGGCAAUCGGGCCUCUUGCAUCCCUAGGCCCUCUUGCCCCUCCUCGCCCUGCUUCCACUGGCAAGCCGCUUGGAGGCGACAUCACCAGGCUGGCCGAGUCUCCCCGACCUGCCCCUAGGGUUGGUCAGGAUUUUCUUGGGAAUGCCCUGCCGGGCAGUGCCUGUGAAUUUUUUCCUGCCCGUGCAAGGCUGCUGCGGCCUGGCACUCCGGGAGUGCCUUCCCUUACAGGGGCUGGGAGGGUCGCUGAUGGUGCUGCGUCUACCCCAGUAGCUGCUGCUGCUUUCUCUCUUGCUGCUUCUCCAGGCCAGCGCCUGUGUCAACUGGCAAGAUUCAUCUUCCACUCCCCGGUCGUUUCAACACACAGCAAGCAUCACAGCUCGUGA